UCCCCCGACGGGCACCUCUGGACGCGAGCAAGAACGCGGGAGGCCCGGCCUGGCCCCGGCGCCCGGGGACCGGGGCCCCGCUCCGCUCAUUGGCUGCGGCGGGGGGAGUGGCGGCGGCAGGCCUGAGACGGCCAGCUCGGCUCGGUUCGGUUCGGCUGCCAUGCUGCUGAGCCCGGCGCGGCUGCUGGGCCCUUGGCGGUUGCUCCGCCGCGCGGCCGCCGCCUCGCCCGCCCGCGCCUACCGCGGUGAGGCGGUGGCGGCGGUGGGCUCCCGCCCCGACGCAGGCUCCGCACUCUACCAGGAAAACUAUGAACGAAUGAAAGCACUAGUAACUGAACUCCAAGAGCAAGCAGAAAAAAUCAAAUUGGGAGGUGGAGAAAAAGCUCGUAAGCUUCACACAUCAAGAGGAAAGCUGUUACCCAGAGAGAGAAUUGACAGGCUUAUUGAUCCUGGGUCUCCGUUCCUGGAGUUCUCCCAGUUUGCAGGUUACCAGUUGUAUGGUAAUGAAGAGGUACCAGCAGGAGGCAUUAUCACAGGCAUUGGACGAGUAUCUGGGGUGGAAUGCUUGAUUGUUGCUAAUGAUGCAACUGUCAAAGGUGGUACCUAUUAUCCCAUCACUGUUAAGAAACAUUUACGUGCUCAAGAAAUUGCAAUGCAAAAUCAUCUCCCUUGCCUUUAUUUGGUUGAUUCAGGAGGAGCAAAUUUACCUCGGCAAGCAGAAGUAUUUCCAGAUCGAGAUCAUUUUGGCCGUAUUUUCUAUAAUCAGGCAGUCAUGUCUUCACAAGGAAUUCCACAGAUAGCAGUAGUAAUGGGAUCCUGCACAGCAGGAGGGGCAUACGUACCUGCGAUGGCUGAUGAAAGUAUUAUUGUUGGCAAACAGGGAACAAUAUUCCUGGGAGGGCCACCACUGGUUAAAGCAGCAACAGGUGAAGAGGUAUCAGCAGAGGAUCUUGGAGGGGCAGAUCUUCACUGCAGAAAAUCUGGUGUAACAGAUCAUUAUGCUUUGGAUGACAAUCAUGCACUUCAUCUAGCAAGGAAAGCUGUAAGAAGUUUAAAUCUCCAAAAGAAAGUAGAUGUGACUAUAGAACCAUCAGAAGAGCCUUUAUUUCCUGCUGAUGAAAUAUAUGGAAUAGUGGGCGACCAGCUAAAAAGAAACUUUGAUGUCAAAGAGGUCAUUGCUAGAAUUGUAGACGGAAGUAAAUUUGAUGAAUUCAAAGCCUUGUAUGGGGAUACUUUAAUUACAGGAUUUGCAAGAAUAUUUGGUUAUCCGGUAGGAAUUAUUGGAAACAAUGGCGUUCUUUUCUCAGAGUCAGCAAAAAAGGGUACACAUUUUAUCCAGUUGUGUUGCCAGAGAAAUAUUCCCAUUGUGUUUUUGCAGAAUAUUACAGGUUUCAUGGUUGGUAGAGAAUAUGAAGCUGGAGGGAUAGCAAAAGAUGGUGCCAAGAUGGUAACUGCUGUAGCUUGUGCCAAUGUACCUAAAAUAACAGUGAUUAUUGGUGGUUCUUACGGAGCUGGAAACUAUGGGAUGUGUGGAAGAGCAUAUAGUCCAAGAUUUCUUUAUGUGUGGCCAAAUGCUCGCAUAUCGGUGAUGGGAGGGGAACAAGCUGCAACCGUUCUAGCUACAAUAGCUAAGGACCAAAAAGCAAGGGAGGGAAAACAGAUUAUUACUUCUGCCCAAGAGGAGCAGCCAGGGAUCCUCCCUGGUUUGGGUGUAUGAGGAGGACUAUGUGAGAACAAACUGUCUUUCCAGUUAUUUUUGAAGUAGGCAGUUUUACAGAAAGCUUCAAAUUAUUCAGUGACUGAGAAUUGUGAAACUUGUAACAGCAGAAGGCUGUAGAAGUUUGGAAAAGGUUUUGACUCACUUCAACAUUUUGAUGGAAAAUUAGUGGUAUUUUGUUUAAGAAUCUCUUCUAGUUUCUCAGUAUGGUCUUUUGUGCUGUGUUUUGUAAAUUAUAUUGUAUAUGUUUGUACUGGUGCCUUGGUCCCAUAAGAAGUGAUUUUAUUGUGAUGUCUUAAAAUUGCUUGUAUUUAUCAUGAGUAGUUAUUCAGAAUAAUGAAGUGGUGUGUACAUAUUAUCUCAACAAUUCUUUUUUCUACGCUAUACUUGGGCUCUCUGUGGAUAGAAUAUAUUCAUAGAAUCAUAGAAUGGUUUGUGCUGGAAGGGACCUCAAAGAUCAUCUAGUUCCAACCCCCCUGCCAUGGGCAGGGACACCCUCCACUAGACCACGUUGCCCAAAGCCCCAUCCAACCUGGCCUUGAACACUUCCAGGGAUGGGGCAUCCACAACCUCUCUGGGCAACCUGUGCCAGUGCCUCACCACUCUAACAGUAAAGAAUUUCUUUCUAAUAUCUAAUCUAAACCUACCCUCCUUCAGCUUAAACCCAUUACCCCUUGUCCUGUCACUACACUCCCUGAUAAACAGUCCCUCACCAGCUUUCCUGUAGGCCCCUUCAGGUACUGGAAGGCCACAAUUAGAUCUCCCUGGAGCCUUCUUUUCUCCAGGCUGAACAAUCCCAACUCCCUCAGCCUGUCCUCAUAGGAGAGGUGCUCCAGCCCUCUGACCAUCUUCAUGGCCCUCCUCUGGACUCUCUCCAACAGCUCCAUGUCCUUCUUGUACUGGGGCCCCCAGAGCUGGAUGCAGUACUCCAGGUGGGGUCUCACCAGAGCAGAGUAGAGGGGCAGGAUCACCUCCCUUGACCUGCUGGUCACACUUCUUUUGAUGCAGCCCAGGACAUGGUUCACCCUCAUCUCUCUCUGUCUUAAUUUCCCACAUCCCUAAGAUGUACAUGAUGAUAAUCAGAAAGAAUUUUGAGAAAAAUAAUUCUAGUUAAUGUCAGUAAAAUGUGUUAGAAACUUGAAAAUUUUUUGAAUUACAGUGAUGACCACUUGGGAUUGUAGAGAAACCCAGUGUUAGUAUAGCACAGACUUGUUUUAUUAAAAAAUCUUGCCAAAGACAGCUCAGAACAGGGUUCAUUCAGUACAGUAGCUUCAGUAAUUUUCAGAUGCUAAUCCCCAAUUAUUCUUAUACUCAGUUAAGUAUAUUUUUACUGUCCUUUUCCCACCCAUCCAUUUUGAAAAGUGAUAUUUUAAUUUCAUUGUCAAAUAUGCUAAAUUAAUAAUUGUGUGUAAAAAGGGGGAAAAACUUGGGAAGGUCAUUUAGGUAGUUUCUUCUUGUUUGAUGCUGCAUAUAAAGCUCUGCUGUCAUUGUGGAUGAAAAUAU